AUGGUUUGGCUUAUAAUCAUUCUUCUCUUCCUUGGAAUUUCCAGGGCUCAAAUUUUGGAUGUCACCAAUAACAGUUAUCUAGACUUUGACUACAGAUUGUUUGACCUUCUUCAAAGAUUGCAAUUCGAGAAGUCCUACGACACCCUUUUAAUUUACGAAGAGGAUUGUGCCAUUUCUUCUCUAUUUGAAAGAUUGCAAGUUCCUGCAGUGCUGGUGUCCUCGGGCAGCACCAACUUUGAUUGGAAUUUCAGCAGCCUAACACUAAUACUCAGUUGUAAUUUCCAGGACGAGAGGGAAGAAAAUUAUCGAACACUGAUGAAGCUGCAAACUAGCAGGCGCCUAAUCCGUCUGAAAGGACAUAUAAAACCCGAGUCUGUGUGUGAUUUCUAUUCUAAAAAGGAGCAACAUAAUGUAGCCAUGGUGAAGGAAAACUUCUAUCAGCUUGAAGUGGUAUACUCAUGUCGCUUAUUUCAAGAUCAAAACUAUGAAAAACUGUAUCUCUUCGAUGGCAAGUCGAUUUACAAAGAUCAAUUUCGAAAUAUGCAUGGAGCCCCACUAUCUGAUAAGGAGCCACCCCGAACCAUACCAUAUAUUGAUAGUAAGACCGGCGAAGAAAAGUUUAAGGGCUAUGUGGGCAUGUUGAUAAGCCAAUUCGUUAAGAAGGUUAACGCCACUAUGAAAAUACGGGAGGAUUUGAUCAAGGACGACGAGGAAGUAUCUUUUGUGGACAUUACGAAUUUUACCUCGAAUGACAUUCUGGACAUUGGUAUAUGCGAGGCUAGGACACUUGAAAUGUCCAACUACGACGCCAUCUCGUAUCCGUACCUAAUGAGUUCGUACUGUUUCAUGGCUCCACUGCCGGAUUCGUUGCCAUUUAGUGACGUCUACAUGGCGAUUGUGGCAACAAGUAUCCUGAUAAUGUUCUUAAUAAUGUUCUGCUUAUGCUCCGUGCUAAUUAUCUACAUACAGAAAAGGUCCUAUCGUAGUCUGAGCAUCCGUCGUGUCCUGAUAAACGACAUCUGUUUGAGGGGAUUUUUGGCUCAGCCUUUUCCUUUUCCCCGCCAGUCCAACAGAAAACUUAAACUGAUAUUCAUGCUAGUCUGCUUUUCCAGUUUAAUCUCCACCACAAUGUAUACGGCAUACCUACAGGCCUUCUUAUGGGGUCCUCCCAUCGAACCGCGUCUGACCUCAUUUGAUGAUGUAAAAAAGUCUAGGUACACGAUGGCCAUUAACAUCUACGAAACAGAGUUUCUGGAGGCCCUGAACGUGAGCCUGGAGGAGGGGACGGCUUUGCAGUGGUUCACCAUCAACGAGGAACAGAAACUCUUUAAGUACAAAAUCUUCUACUACUGUGAUGCCUUCUCUCAGUUUGAUAUAUUAAGUAUUCCUAUGAGACGGCACUUGCCCUAUCGCGAUAUCUUCGAAGAGCACAUGCAGCGCCAGAAGGAGUUUGGGUUAACUAAGUACUGGAUCGAUCAGAGCUAUAGGGAUAUGAUAAAAGCAAAUCUCACAACAUUCAAAGAUUUCAGUCCGCCCCUCGAGAACGAUUACAUAGAAGUACACAAUCUCUACUGGGUUUUCACCAUGUAUUUCGUUGGAAUGGGCAUGGGUUUAUGUUUUUUUAUCUUUGAGAUUCUAAGACCUCUGAGAUACUGGCAAAACUGCAAAAUCAAAUGCGAAUAUUGCUAUGCAUUCUUAAAAAAUUUAGCUAAGUAA